AAACUUGAUAUUGUUAAUAUUGCUAUGGUUAUGGAGUGCAAAUUGAAAAUCUUUUGGUGAAUAAAUUUUAAUGUUACUUGUACAUCAAACACAACACCUACAAUGAACUGUGACAAAUUGAAUUAGAUGGGAGCCCAGGAUGAACAACUUUACAACAACACACACCCAUGACUACCGCUGGCCCAACACUUCUUGUUUAGUCCCUAGAGCGGAGGCACCUAGCGGUCGAUGUGAGGGGAGGCUAGGAGAGUGUGAUCAGGCAACAAGCAAGCCCUGGUGUGGCAGAGACCCUCCCUCACCACCCCCCUGCACGGAGCCCCCUGUAUGCAAUGACUUGGUUCCUCUAUCCGUUAACUCACCACCGCGGCCAUGGUGCGAGCGAGGGCCUAUUGUGCCACGAGUCAACCCACGUAUACCCACAGCACCAGCUCAGUUGAAAGUAAGGCCAGAGGUCUGUCCUGAAGAGUCCAGUAACUCUUCAAAGCCCUGGUGUGAUGGUGAUGGAAGAGAAGUGGAAGCCCAUGUCGUGUCGGCCAGAGUGGGAGCAGCCCCCCAACAGGAUACUUCUCGUUAUGAUCAGCCCAACCAAUACCUCAGGAAACUAUGUGAUAAAUAUCCUCGGCCAACCGCAGUGGUGACAGCAACACCACGAGAUGAGCUAAUGCGCAGAGUCUAUGCUGACAGGUACCGCACUACAUACCAGACAGACUUCUGCAAAAAUGCUGAUGACACAGCAAGACAGUUGGCACAAUGUGACUCAGACAUGUAUCAAGGCACAGUCCAGAAGGUGCAAUACGGAGAGGGUGAAUAUAUCAGCUGUAAAUGUGGCUGUGGUUGUCGCGUGGCACUUCCUCCUAAUGUAUCUCAACAUGCAGGAGAUGGCCCACGCCUGCGACCCUUAGCUUGUCGACCAGCAGCUGUCUCCCAUAAUGUUCACUUUUCUUGUUGCACACCAAAGAAGAGUGAUGUUUCAAGGGGCGAAGUAGUUGGCCCACCUGAGAAGAUUCCACCCUGGGCCAGUGAAUAUACAGACAGCAUUGGCCGCACAGGACAUUUGAUCAUGGAACAAAAACUGCUCUACCAGAAGAAAAAAAAUUCUUAGCUGUAAACAGUACUAAGUAAUUGUGAAUGUUAUAAUUUGGUAUGUAUACACACCAUGUUAGUAUAAAUACAAACUCAAACUGAAUUUGA